AGAAAAAAAAAAGAAUAAAAGAAAGCAGCGGAGAAGCAGUGAGAGAGUUGACAAGCUGCGACUUCGACUCUUUCGCGCGAAGCCAUUGAAGAAAGCAAUAAUGGCGGACGACUCCGAGAUGGCCUUCAACCUCCAACUGGAAGAAGCCAUUGCCGCCUCCCUAAUCGACGGCGCCGCCGCGCCGCCCCCCGAAACCGACGGCGGAGGCCCCUAUGACGCCCUCGUCGGGUGCGAACAGGAAUUCCUCUACGACGUAAUGGCCGAGGUGGAGGCGGAGCGCCUGCGUCUCGACCUCCUCCGCCAGGUCCACGACCGCGCCCUCGCCUGCGAGAUCAUGAGCGUGCCGGACGAGGAGUGGAUCAAAACUGGCGAUAAUUUGCACAGGCCGUUCGGAGAGGGCUCCUCGUCGUCGUCGAAUGGGGAAAACUUCGAAUUCAAGGUUUACGUCAAGGGUUUGGUGGAGGGGGAGGCGAGCGGAAUCGGCGCGGCGAUUUGCGACGGGAAUGAUGGUUUGCUGUUCGAGUUGAGUAAGGGUUUGAGCGGCAAAGAUCAGCAAACGAAUAAGGAAUUGGUUGACUUCAAAGCGCUUGUUGAAGGGCUUGAUUCUGCCGUGAUGCUGGAUUUGAAGAGGGUUACCAUUGUUACCGAUAAUCCUUUGCUCCAUCAACAUAUUACUGGAGAAAACACUCAAACGAUAAAAAGUGCUGUCGCAUUAUCUAACCAGAUACAUCUUCUUCUGAGAAAAUUUACUCUGGUUCAUGCAUCUCUUGUUGCCUCUAAUGACAAUAAGUCUGUCAAACUUGCAAGGAAUGCAAUUGCAUUUCAGGUUAAUCGUUCCGCAGGUAGUAGCAACAGGAAGAAUCAGACCGAGUGUUGUACUAUUUGUAUGGAGGAUACAUAUGUGGAUCAGAUGUUCCUCAUUACAAGUUGUGGACAUAGCUACUGCUUUUUGUGCAUGUCGAGGCAUGUCCAGUUUAAGUUGCUUCAAGGGAUGCUACCCAAAUGCCCUCACGAGAACUGCAAGACCAAGUUGAUACUUGAAAGCUGCAAAGAGUUUUUGACUCCAGAAUUACUUGAAAUAAUGAGCCAACGAGUGAAGGAAGCAUCCAUUCCAGCAGAAGAUAAAAUUUAUUGCCCUUAUCCGAGGUGUUCUACUUUGUUAUCAAAAACAGAGCUUGCUGUCUAUGGAGUACUCAAGUGCAGAAAGUGCCCCAAAUGCAGUGGCAUUUUUUGCAUUGAUUGCAAAGUUCCCUGGCACAAUGGCAUGGAAUGCUCUGAAUUUAAAAGACGAAACCCUCACCCAUGUAAUGAAGACAAGAUACUAAAGUCUUUGGCUUCUCAGAACCUCUGGCGUCAGUGUCCAAAAUGCAACCAUAUGGUUUCACUUGCUUCCGGAUGCUACCACAUUUAUUGCAGAUGCGGACAUGAGUUUUGCUAUACUUGUGGAGCUGAAUGGAGAAACAAGAAGGCAACCUGCAAGUGUCCGAUCUGGGACGAGCGCAAUCUCAUAUACGAGCAAAAUAGGCAGCAAGGUAGAUGAUUGCAGUGUGGUACAGAGCUUGUAUGCUCUUAGUCUUAACAUGGUUUUUGAUGACUUAAACCAUUUUCUGAAAGUCUGCAUAGAUAUUUAUCUGGGAGUCCAAGAAUUGAGUGAGUUUCCUGAUCAAGAUUCCAUAUUUUUAAAAAUCUUUCUUGCUUCCUAUGUAAUUUAUGUGUAAUUAGGUUGUUAACUUGGACUGACUUCAUGUUCUAGUUUUCUAGAGGUGAAAUGUUAAUAUGUUGGUUGCGGCAAAA